AUGAUUUAAAUUGGAGUUUUUUAUUAAUGCACUAAUUUAACAACAGGACUAAUGACAUACAAUCAAAAUCUAAAGGAAAUAAAUUCAUAAUUGUAAAGUGAGACCAAAGGAUUAUAAGAAAGUGUUGCAAAACUACACUAUUCAUUUGAAGAAACAGUGUUCAAAAUUAAUAAAUUAUAGAGCUAAGUAUUUGAAUUAGAGCAAUAAUUAUUAUAAUAAAGAUCAAAAACAGUGAUUGAAUAAAAAAAAGCGCAAGUUGCUAAUUAUAAUUCAGAAAGAGAAAGAACUUUAAAUGAACUUAGAAAUUCAUUAUAAUAACUUAUAUGA